GGACAGGAGUGGGUGGGACACACAGACAGACAUACAGACAGGGGACGAGGACUGUAUGAAUGGACGAGGGACACAGAGGGAGGAGAAGAGCCCCUGUUACCUAACACAAGAUCAACAUCAGUCCUGCUGAGGGAUUAACUCCUUGUCUGUGCUAUCAUGUCCCUGCCCUCUGUGGUCAUGUUGCCCCUGCUGAUCGUCGUGGCAGCGGGGGUAUACUACAUCUACAACGAGGUCAUGCGGUUCAUGUCCAAGUCCUUGGUGCGAAACAAAGUGGUGGUGAUCACGGAUGCUGUGUCCGGGGCGGGGACCGAGUGUGCCCAUCUGUUCCAUAAGGGCGGUGCCAGACUGAUCCUAUGUGGGACAAGCUGGGACAAACUGGAGUCUCUGUUUGACUCGCUCACGAGUGAUGCCGACCCAAGGGAGACGUUUGCCCCCAAACUGGUGAUCUUGGACUUCAGUGAUAUGGACAGCAUGGAGGACGUGGUGGCUGAGGUCUUGGAGUGUUAUGGCUGCGUGGAUGUGUUGAUCUGCAACAGCAGCAUGAAGCUGAAGGCGCCCAUACAGAACAUCUCCCUGGAAGUGGACAGGAACAUCAUGGACAUCAACUAUUUUGGUCCAAGCUUUUUGGCCAAAGGUCUUCUUCCAACAAUGAUCUCGAGGAGGUCAGGCCACAUCUUACUGGUGAACAGUAUCCAGGGUCGACUGGCUAUUCCAUUCAGAAGUUCAUACGCCGCGUCGAAGCACGCAGCUCAGGCCUUCUUCGACUGCCUGCGGGCUGAAGUGGAGGAGUACGGGAUCGUCGUCAGCACCAUCAGUCACACCUUCAUCAACGCCUCCCAACUGCCGCCUGUCGAGGAGCCGGUGCCUAAACCCAACGCCCUGGCUGCAUAUAUUGCAAGCCAGAUGACCCAUGGCGUGCGUCCGUCAGUGCUGGCCAAUGAGAUUAUGCAGACUGUAAACAGAAAGAGGAAGGAGGUUGUGCUGGCGCACCCCAUCCCCAGGGUGGCGCUCUACCUUCGCUCCCUCCUCCCCCCCUUCCUCUUUGCGGUGCUGGCUGCUGGAGUGAGGGACUCCACGUUGGUUGAGUAGAUCCGAGAGAAAGUCUGGAAGUGAAAUGAAUUCAGAGAAACGAGGAAUGAAGACGAAACGAAGCAAGAGUUUGUUUGGAAGAGGUAGAGCUGUGAUGGAAGACCGAGAGAGAAUAAAUAUUUGUUUGUUAAUAUUAUUCAACAAUAAACACCACUGUGUUGUACGCUAAAUGA